GAAGGCCAGCCUGGAGCUUUCACGACGGGAACCUUGGAAGCGCAUUGGCGUGUCUGAAUAUCGAAUAUCCCACCAAACCUUAGUCAAUUGCCAACCCCAAGUUGACCACUGGAAAUGUCGUCUCAAGAAAGGAUAACGGUUUAUAACCAAGCAGACCUUAAACACACUUCAGACGAUGCCAUUGCGAACUACCUCAACUCCCUUCGCUUCACCCAAUCUCACACUCUGACCGAUGUCCGCCUAGGCCUGGGCUACUCAGCAUUCCUGAUCGCCGCGGCCUGUUUCGCCUGGGACUAUAAGUUCGGUUUUUUUGCGACCAAACCCUACACAGCAGCUGCUGUGGUGCUAUAUACCCUCCUGCAGGGCGCCCUGACCCUAUGGGUUUGGCUCGUCGAGAAGGGCGUCGUAUAUGAAGGCAUCUCACCGGACGGUGAGAAGAUCUCCAUUACAACCUCCACGACCAAGAACGUCCCCGUGUACAACCUCACAAUCACCAUUACCCCCAAGUCUGGCCCUCCCGUCACCCUUAACAUCUCCCGCCCUUUCAAUCAGUGGUUCGACUCUCAGGGCCACUUCGUCGCUGUCCCCUUCCAGGAGAUGUUCGCCUCCAACGUUUCCGCCAUUGGCAAGCUAGACGCCAAACGCGUGAAAACACCCUCUGCCUCCAUGGCGCCAGCCGCCGGUGGCUACUCAACCGAGAUGCUGGAUGCUGUGCUCGACGCCUCCACUGCCAGUGCUACGGGUAGUGUAGAUAGCGCAGAAGCCACCGCGAAGAAACCCAAGCGGAGGAAGGCUUAAAUUCCGGGUGGGGAGCGAGACGUGCGUAGAGUGGCGGGAUACACCAUCUCAUGUCUCUCAGGGAGGCGUGAGGGGAAGUAGUCAAAGCGAUAUAUCGCAUUAGGCACGUAAAAUAAAAUCAUAUCU